ACAAAAUAACAUCUCUUUUAUUGAAUAAUGAUUUGAAACAGUUCACGAUGGCCCAAAAGUUGGAAGCAAAAGGUGGAAGUGGAGGGAAUCAAUGGGAUGAUGGAGCCGACCAUGAAAAUGUAACAAAGAUACAUGUACGAGGUGGUCUUGAAGGAAGUCAAUUCAUCAAGUUUGAGUAUGUCAAAGCUGGGAAAACGGCCUAUUCCCCCCUGAACUAAGUUGCUUUAUCGCUUCCAUACACAGAACUUUCUUCUUUUGAGAUUAAUCAUCUCAAUGACGAACAUCUGGUGUCGGUAAAGGGUUGCUAUGAUAACAUAUCUGGUGUGAUUCAAGCACUUCAAUUCGAAACCAAUCAGAGAAGUUCUGAAGUCAUGGGAUACGAUGACAAUGGCAAUAACUUUACACUUGAAGUCAGUGGAAACAAAAUCACUGGGUUCCAUGGAUCUGCUGAGGCAAACCUAAAAUCUCUUGGAGCUUAUUUCACACCACUUGCUCCUAUUAAACUGGAAUACCAAGGCAGUACUACUGGAGGCAGGCCAUGGGACCAUGGUAUUUACACCGGCGUAAGAAAAGUCUAUGUUACAUAUAGUCCCUCUGGGAUAUCGCAUAUCAAGGUCGACUACGACAAAAACGGAGAAGUGGAAACGCGUCAAGACGGGGAUAUGUUAGGAGAAAAUAGGGUCCUAGGACAACAAAACGAGUUUGUAGUUGACUAUCCAUAUGAAUAUGUUACAUCAAUCGAGGGGACCGGUGACAUAGGAUCUGGCAGUUCAAACCGAGUUAGGUCGUUGAGUUUCAAGACAUCAAAAGACAGAACAUCUCCUACAUAUGGACAUAAGGGUGAGCGAACUUUCGUGUUUGAGAGCAGAGGUAGGGCUCUUGUCGGGUGAAACAUUCGUGGCCGGCCCUGGCUCCAUGGAAGGGGUGGUUUUGCUAUUGAUGCUAUAGGUGCACAUUUUGCUGCGCCUCCUAUUCCUCCUCCUCCUCCCACGGAGAAACUACAAGGACCAGGUGGUGACAGAGGAGAAUCAUGGGACGAUGGAGCUUUCGACGGUGUGAGAAAGAUAUACGUGGGACAAGGUGAAAAUGGUAUUGCAUCUGUCAAGUUUGUGUAUGACAAGAACAACCGGUUGGUACUAGGAGAAGAGCAUGGAAAGCAGACUUUGCUUGGAUACGAAGAGUUCGAGUUGGAGUAUCCGAGUGAAUACAUCACAACAGUGGAGGGAUAUUAUGAUAAAGUAUUUGGAAGUGAAUCUUCAGUAGUAGUCAUGCUUAAGUUCAAGAGUAAGACCAAUAAACGAACCUCGCCGCCUUUUGGAAUGGAUGCUGGCGUUAGCUUCAUACUCGGGAAGGAAGGUCACAAAGUGGUAGGGUUCCAUGGAAAAUCUAGUCCCGAGCUCUAUCAGAUUGGGGUCAGUGUCGCACCAAUCACCAAGUGA